GAAAUUAGUAUAGAAGAGUUAUGAAUUAAACUUGCUAUAAAAGAUUCAUUAUUGCAUACAUUUGUCUAAUAAUUUAUAAUUUUAUCCUAAGGAAUGCAACAAAGACACAUGUAAGAAUUGAAAUAUUGUGUUUAUAUGAAGAGGAGUAAUGGACAUUUCACGUUCCAUACUUAAGUAACCACUAUUUUAAAGGAAUAAGUUCAUUACAUAUGUUUAAACGAAGAUUUCUUCGUUAUAUGUAAGAAAUGAAUACUCCAACAACCAGAGAUUUUCUACGAAGACCAAAUGGAACACGGAGAAGAUCGGUCCGGCAAGCUUUGGCCGUGAUUCCUGUCAAUAACACUGAAUUAUCACCUGGAGAAGCCAUUUCUACUGAAGUUAAUGCAAUGGAUAAUUUUUUAAAUAGUCGACAAGGCUCUGAUUCUUGGAGUCCUGCACCUAGCCCCGAUGAAUUGGUUAUACAGAAGCGUGGACGUCGUUGUAGGCCUAUUGUUUGGUCACCUGAUCUUGAUACUUGUAAAAGAAAUAGUCUAUUCAGUUUAAGUUCUAAAGAUCGUACUCCAGUAAAGAGUCCUUCAAAAUCAACUAUGGUUUUAAGAAGUACACCUAGGAAAAGACUUAUUCUUGGUGAUACCAAUGAGUCUGAAUUUACAACACCAGAGAAAAAGAAGAAAUCACAAAGUUCAUUAGAUAGUAACAGUGGACAGAGACAUUAUACUGGCAAUUUAUUAAAUGGCCUGAGAGGUCUUAGUCAUGAACAAUUAGUUCAAAUGAUUAUGGAUUUGGUGUCUAUGCAAGAAGAUGGUAUUCUACACGAAGGAGAAAAAAUAUCCAAUCUUUUGCUUAAAAAAAUGCCAGUUGCAGAUAUACAACCAUUAAUUGAUACAUUAAACAAUUUAAAACAAAAUAUUCGUAUUAGUAUGAUGUCGUCUAAUUUGGACGAUUUAGCAAGUAGUCAUGCUUAUAUUCAUUUAGAUGCUUAUCAGAAAAUUAUCAUAGAUCAGGGAAAGAGACUUGUAGAAUCACAGCACUGGAUGUCUGUAAUGCAUUACGUGUAUGCAGCAUGGAAUAUUACAAAACAGAUGAAAGAUUGGGAAAAUAAGAAUCUUUGUAACUUCAUGAAAAAAUGUUUUAAAAAUUUGACACACUUUUGCAUUCAAGCAUUAAAGAAAGGGAACUUCACAAACAGUGUAUUGGAUAUGUUUUCCGACAGGCUUGCUGCUAUGGUCAAUGAUUAUGAUGACAUAAUAACUUGUGUGGAGUUGAUAAACGAAGCAAAGCAGAAUUAAAUUUAAGCUUUUUUUUUUUCUCGGUCGUUGAUGUUAAAGAGGCCAUACGUAUAAAUGUUAACAUACAUCAAUGUAUAUGUAUGUUUUUAAUAUAUACAUAGAUUUUAAUUCUAAUGUUUGUGAUGUAAAGAGUCGGUAAAGGAUUCAACAGUUUUUAUUGGUAGAUCAGUCAUAUUUGUUUUUUUUUUUACCGAGUCGGUUUGUGGUAAUUUUCUAAUUUGAUCAUGAGAUUUACACAAUAUGGUAUUAAUGUAUUAGUCAUAAAAUAUUUAAGACCUUUAAAUGAUAUUUUUAUACUGUAAUAUUGCAAAUAAUUGCUUUAUAUUUAUACCCGUGUUUUGAGAUGCUUGACUUUUUUCAAUUUUACGGUGAUGAUUUGCAUGUGGAUGGAAAUAUCGUUAAAGAAGGUGCGGUGUUGUUCUCAGUACAAAUUAACUUAUUUUUUUUUUUUUUUCUGAUAACUCAAAGUGGACGAAACCACUUUUGAUUUUAAGAUAUUUAUAGAAUUUGUAUCGUUCCUUAACGUACCUCCUGUGUAUUUUGUUAAUAUUAUCGGACGAUUACUUACUUCGUUAGUAUCGUUGACUUCGUCUGUACAUUUUCAUGACAAUAAACGCAAAUAUCAGCAUAAA